ACAAAAUUAUGCAGGAAGCGAAAGCUGCUGGUUGUCGUUCGUCUGCCGAAGUUGAUAGAUACUUAGAAAGGAAAAGGAAGAAGGAAGUUGAAGAAGGUGUUCCGAGAAAAGGAAGUUCUCAGAUUGGCCCAGUGAUCCAGGAAAGCCUGAACAUACCUGCUUCUUCUGAGUCACUUGGAAUACAUUCAAAUAGAAAACCUUGUAGCCAGGCGAUUUUGAGUUCCGACACCGAUUCAGGUGUUCCAGCUUUUUCUGCAGGAGAACUGUUAUCUGAACCAGAGAAACAACUAUGCCGAGAAAUCAGGUUAUCGCCGCAUCAUUAUCUUAGGAUGCAGGAGGUCCUUACAGUUCAAAUUUAUAGUGGCAAUAUCACUAGAAAAUCAGAUGCUUAUCCCUUGUUUCAAAUAGAAGCAACUAAAGUAGAUAGAGUUUAUGAUAUGCUUUUGAAGAAAGGAGUUGCACCCUUGUAAAAAAUUGUCCUGAUAUUGUUUUUAGGUUUAAAUGACAUCUCUGUCUUUUUUUUCACUCAUUUCAUGGCAAAUUUUGUAGUAUUUUUUUUUUUUUCAUUUCUAUUAGCAUAGUUCGGUGUAUUAAGCUUCAGCUAUGUGCGAAGUCAGAGGAGGGUUGGACCACAAGGGUUUAUUGUAUACAACCUUACUCUCCAUUUCUGCAAGAGGUUGUUCCCACCGUUCGAACCCA